AUGAAUAAAUUAAUUGUUUUUAUUUUAUUGGUUGUCUCAUUAGCCUGCGUUUUCGGUGAAUUAGAAGGUGUCCAACCUCAAGUUUGUAAAAUGAAAGCAAAUGAUUGCAACAGAAUGCACCAAGCUUAUUUAUAUGCAACCCAAAAUGGUGAUUGGAAAGAUAUGCCAAAAGAUGCCCAAGAAUUGUUCUUAUCAGUUUAUAAAAAUAAUUGUUAA